GUCAGAGGUUGGGAGGGAAGGUGUCUCGAGCCUCCCCCUGCCACCCGGGGAGGAUUUAAGUUGUCUGGAACCCCAAGGAGCUCUAGGGCUGAGUGAGAAGCAGCGCGAGUCUCUUCCACGGCGUCCCCUCCCGAACUUGCGGGCCUGUUGUCCGCCGUGGCUCCCGGGGAGCAGGUGGGGACCGUGGAGAGGAGACCGUGCUUCUCCCCGAGGGCCUGCAGUGCGUUGUCCAGGGGUCCACACUGCAGCGUCUGCGGAACUGUCACCUUGGCUUCUCCCAAGCUUGUUUGCCCCGUGCUGCCAGCCCCGCCGCGACUCUUUCGGAGCCUCUUGUGGGUCUUUUCGGAAGAUAACUAGGUGGGCUGUGUCCUCUGGCAUAGAUUGUGCUCUGGAAGUUGGAACCCAGCAGCCGCCUAGCUUCAUGAAGCGCGGGAUUGUUUGGAGUUAUUAAGCGAAGUGUCUCAUCUGUCACUGGAAAGACUAUUGAGUUUGUGAUCAGUAACCAUGCUGCAGUCCAAGCAGUGGCGGUGAGCUGUAUCGAGACAUUUCUAUGCUGGAUUAACUGGAAGCCCAAUUAUAAUUCACGUUUAUCAAACAAGAAAGCGUGAAAAUGAGCAGCCGCCGGAAGCUGGCUCCUCCCGUGAAGAUAGAUGAGGAGAGGCAGCAGCAGCUUCGCUGGAACAUGCAUGAGGACAGGAGGAAUGAGCCUCUCACCUUCACUGAUGACGACGAGCAGCCCUGCCCAGGUGCCUACCCCUCUCCCCCGUGUGUCCUUCUGGAUGACAGUCCGCAAGAAGAAGUGGCUCACAGAGAUAAGAGGAGGUGUACCGAGAAAGAAGAGCCUGAUUCUGUUUCUUUGUCUGUAAAGCUGAAUAUUGUGGUUUUUCCCUAUGGCUUCGAUAGUUCUUGGAAAGCAUUUCUGGGAGAAUUAACUCUUCAGCUUCUUCCCGAACAGAGUUUAGUUGAAAAUUUUUCUGAGAGGAGUUUUACGUUGAUGAGUUCAGAGUCAAGCAAUCAGUUCCUAAUAUAUGUGCAUUCUGAGUGUGGAGAUGUGGAGAAACAAGAAAAAGGACUCAAAGAAUCAGUCAGCGUUUGUGAUAAGGGUAUUCGAGUGGAAUCCUCCUUCAGUGGUGAAAUGCUGGAAGACCUGGGAUGGCUACAAAAGAAGAAAAGGAUAAAACUUUAUCAAAGACCAGAAGGAAGUCGUGUCAUCAAGGUCGGGAUUUACAUUCUGGAAGAUGGACUGGCAAAACUGGACUCUUUCAAUGAUACAAGUUCAAGAAUGAAAAAGUUCAAUCAGCUCAUGAAGAAGGUGAUGGAAAAGUUAUACAGCUUUAUUAUUCCAGAUGUGUUAGAAGAUGAUGAGGAAGAUUCAGAUAGUGAACCGGAGGGACAGGACAUUGAUGAGCUCUAUCACUUUGUGAAGCAAACACAUCAGCAGGAAACGCAUUCUGUCCAAGUGGAUGUGCAGCAUCCCGCACUGACCCCUGUGUUGAGACCCUACCAGAGAGAGGCUGUCAACUGGAUGCUGCAACAAGAGUGUUUCAGAAGCGCUCCUCCUGAUGAAAGUUCCCUGCACUUCUUGUGGCGAGAGAUUAUUACACCAGAGGGUUUGAAACUCUAUUAUAAUCCAUACACAGGCUGCAUCAUCCGUGAGUACCCACAUUCUGGGCCACAGUUGCUUGGUGGAAUCUUAGCAGAUGAGAUGGGUCUUGGGAAGACAGUGGAGGUUUUGGCUCUGAUUCUCACACAUACUCGGCAAGAUAUCAAGCAGGAUACUCUCUCUCUUCCUGAGGGAAAAGAGGUGAAUUAUUUCGUCCCAUCCCAUUGUUUUGGAGGAUCAGUAAAAGACACAGAAACCCAGAAUAUGGAAUUUGAGCCAAAAGAAAAAGUUCAGUGUCCCCCUACACGUGUGAUGAUCCUGACAGCCGUAAAAGAAAUGAAUGGGAAAAAAGGAGUUUCUAUCCUUUCCAUCUAUAAGUAUGUCAGUUCUAUGUACAAAUACAAUGUUCAACGCAACAAGGGUCUUCUGAAACGCAUGCUGAAAUGUUUAAUUUUUGAAGGUCUUGUGAAACAGAUCAAAGGUCAUGGUUUCUCAGGGACCUUUACAUUGGGGAAGAACUACAAGGAGGAGGAUAUAUACAAUAAAACAAAAAAGCAGGCAGCAGGAAGUCCAAGGAAAUUUCAGAAAGACCCCAAAAAAUCAGGGAAUAAGGACACAGAUUCUGAAUAUUUGCCAUCAAAUACCUCUGACAAUGAUGAUGACCCCUACUAUUAUUACUGUAAGGCCAAGAAAAAUCGUAGUAAAUGGAGGAAAAAGACUGUGCCAUCCACAGGAAAAGGCAAAAGUCAGCCUGAUAUCAGGGCUGACAUACAGGAUCACUGUCCGGCCUCAAGAGACUCUGGGAUUACUGAUGUUACCAUGUCUGACAGUAUAGGUGUCACUGAAGUCAAGCAAGAGCAAGAAGCGAAGGACCACGGUGAAUCUCUGAAUCCUGCUGGGGACGAGGGCCCACACUCUAAUGUCACGAGUCCCUAUGACAAUGCUGAUUAUCGCUUUGAGUGCAUAUGUGGUGAAUUUGACCAGAUAGACCGCAAGCCUCGCGUUCAGUGCCUGAACUGCCACCUGUGGCAACAUGCAAAGUGUGUGAACUAUGAAGAGGAGAAUCUGAAAGUGAAGCCUUUUUACUGCCCCCACUGCCUUGUUGCAAUGGAGCCAGUGUCAACAAGAGCAACUCUGAUCAUCUCUCCGAGCUCCAUCUGCCACCAGUGGGUGGAUGAAAUCAACCGGCACGUGAAGUCAUCGUCUCUCCGAGUGUUGGUAUAUCAAGGAGUAAAGAAACAUGGGUUUUUACAGCCUCACUUUUUGGCAGAACAGGAUAUAGUUAUCAUCACCUAUGAUGUCCUUCGUUCAGAACUAAACUAUGUGGAUAUCCCACAUAGCAACAGUGAGGAUGGGCGCCGCCUCCGGAACCAGAAGCGAUACAUGGCCAUCCCCAGCCCCCUGGUCGCUGUGGAGUGGUGGAGGAUCUGCCUUGACGAAGCCCAGAUGGUGGAAUGUCCUGCAGUGAAAGCUGCAGAAAUGGCCCUGCGUUUGAGUGGGAUUAAUCGGUGGUGCAUCAGCGGCACUCCAGUACAGAGAGGCCUGGAGGAUCUUUUCGGGUUAGUGGUCUUUCUUGGUAUCGAACCUUACUCUGUCAAACACUGGUGGGUUCGGCUUCUCUAUCGCCCUUACUGCAAGAAGAAUCCUCAGCAUCUCUACAGCUUCAUUGCCAAGAUACUGUGGAGGUCUGCGAAGAAAGACGUGAUCGACCAAAUUCAGAUACCGCCGCAGACUGAAGAGACCCACUGGCUGCACUUCUCUCCGGUGGAAAGACACUUCUACCACCGGCAGCAUGAGGUGUGCUGCCAGGACGCCGUGGUCAAACUCAGGAAGAUUUCUGACUGGGCGCUGAAGCUCAGCAGCCUGGACCGGAGGACAGUCACCUCCAUCCUGUACCCACUGCUGAGGCUCAGGCAGGCCUGCUGCCACCCGCAGGCUGUGCGCGGGGAGUUCUUGCCACUUCAGAAAAGCACCAUGACGAUGGAGGAGCUGUUGACCUCUCUGCAGAAGAAAUGCGGGACUGAAUGUGAAGAAGCACAUCGGCAACUUGUUUGUGCCCUCAAUGGCUUAGCAGGCAUCCACAUCAUUAAAGGCGAGUAUGCUUUGGCAGCAGAACUGUAUCGAGAAGUGUUACGUUCGUCUGAGGAGCACAAAGGAAAACUCAAAACUGAUUCGCUCCAAAGACUUCAUGCUACCCAUAACUUGAUGGAAUUGUUGACGGCCAAGCACCCAGGGAUACCGCCUACCUUGCGAGAUGGUAGACUUGAGGAAGAGGCCAAACAGCUAAGAGAGCACUACAUGAGCAAAUGUAAUACAGAGGUCGCCGAAGCCCAGCAAGCUUUACAGCCUGUGCAACAGGGUAUACGUGAGCUCCAAAGAAAAAUUCAUUCUAAUUCUCCUUGGUGGCUGAAUGUAAUUCAUAGAGCAAUAGAAUUUUCUAAGGAUGAGGAACUUGUUCAGCGAGUACGAAAUGAGAUAACCAGCAACUAUAAGCAACAGAACGACAAGCUUUCUAUGUCAGAGAAGUUCCACGACUGCAGAGGUCUUCAGUUCCUCCUUACAACACAAAUGGAUGAGCUAAAUAAAUUCCAGAAGCUGGUUAGAGAAGCUGUCAAAAACCUGGAGAAGCCUCCGUCUCGUAAUGUUAUUGAAUCUGCAACAGUCUGCCACCUCCGGCCAGCCAGACUGCCUCUCAACUGCUGUGUUUUCUGUAAAGCUGAUGAAUUGUUCACAGAGUAUGAGUCAAAGCUGUUUUCUAAUACAGUCAAAGGCCAGACUGCAAUAUUUGAGGAGAUGAUAGAAGAUGAAGAAGGUCUGGUGGAUGAUCGAGUACCUACCACCACCCGGGGACUCUGGGCAAUAAGUGAGACCGAACGAUCCAUGAAAGCAAUAUUGUCAUUUGCAAGAUUGCACAGAUUUGAUGGUGUAUUCAUAGAUGAAGGAAGUGCUUCAAUGGAACUCUUUGAAGCGUGGAAGAAGGAAUAUAAGUUGCUUCAUGAGUAUUGGAUGACCCUGAGGAAUCGCGUGUCUGCUGUCGAUGAACUUGCAAUGGCUACAGAACGACUAAGAGUGCGGCACCCUAAGGAGCCAAAGCCAAACCCACCCGUUCAUCACAUCAUUGAACCACAUGAGGUAGAACAAAAUCGUAUAAAAUUACUAAAUGAUAAAGCUGUUGCUACAUCACAGCUUCAGAAGAAACUUGGGCAGCUUCUUUACCUAACUAAUUUGGAAAAGUCUCAAGACAAAACAUCAGGAGGUAUUAAUCCAGAACCUUGUCCAAUCUGUGCUCGACAGUUGGGAAAACAGUGGGCAGUACUGACCUGCGGACACUGUUUCUGUAAUGAGUGCAUUGCUAUCAUUAUCGAACAGUACAGUGUGGGCUCUCACAGAAGCUCCAUUAAAUGUGCCAUCUGCCGCCAGACCACAUCCCACAAAGAAAUCUCGUAUGUCUUCACCUCAGAGCAAGCAAGCCAAGAGGAGGACAUUCCCGUGAAGGGCAGCCACUCUACAAAAGUGGAAGCUGUGGUCAGAACUCUCAUGAAAAUACAGCGAACAGAUCCAGGAGCUAAAUCCCUUGUUUUCUCAACGUGGCAAGAUGUAUUAGAUAUUAUUUCAAAAGCCCUUACCGACAACAACAUGGAAUUCGCACAAAUCAGUCGUGUUAAAACAUUUCAGGAGAACCUAUCAGCGUUUAAGCAUGAUCCUCAAAUCAAUAUUUUGCUGCUGCCCCUGCACACAGGUUCUAAUGGAUUAACUAUCAUUGAAGCAACACACGUGCUCUUGGUGGAGCCCAUCCUGAACCCUGCCCAUGAGCUGCAGGCCAUUGGGAGGGUGCACCGAAUUGGACAGACCAAGCCUACUAUUGUACACAGAUUCUUAAUUAAAGCAACAAUAGAAGAGAGAAUGCAGACAAUGCUGAAAACUGCGGAGAGGAGUCACAUGAACUCAUCAGGGAAGCAUUCGGAGGCCUCCGUCCUGACCGUGGCUGACCUGGCGGACCUGUUCACCAAAGAACCUGAAGAGCUCGAGUGAACCCCGCGCACUUCAUUCCACACUCACACGUGCAUUGGCAGACUCAUUCCACACUCACUCACAUGUGUAUUGGCAGACUUUCAUAGCUAUAGAGAGAAAAAUGGUAUAAGUUUUUUAAAACUCCAGUAGAUGUCAGUAAACACUUACUAGUCAAAUAAAUUUGUUUCAUUUUUUUGGUUAUACUAUUUUUUGGUUAUACUAUUUUUGAACGUUUUUCAAUUUGCCACUUUCAAAGAUCUAUAAAGAUUUUAAAUUUUCCAGCCCUAAUAAAAUAUGUAGUUUUAUUCCAAAGAAUAUCCAAUGAGGCAAAAGAAUUAAGAGAGGUAAUGAAUACUUUUCUUUUGAUAAGGAGCAGUCUUUAAAAGAGGUACAAUAAGAAAGGCAAUUAGCCUAGUUCAGUGUGACCUGGUAUAUUCAGCCAUAUAGAUUUCUUGUUUGGAAGGGUCCACAGUGUCUUUAACACAUGAAUUAUCAAUAAAUGUCUUGUCAGUAAUAUUUAAGUAGAUGCUAAACUAUAAGAACUCCUAGUUAUGUAAGUUUCAACUAUAAUAUCUUGCAUAGUAACUUCACAGUAAUUCAGCUUCUAAUAAUAAAUUAAUGGUAGGCAACUCUCUUCUCUGCAUCUUGCUACUAAAAAUCAGAAUACUGAAAACGUCAUGUUUUUCUUCUGUGUGUUAAGUGGUGUCAGUGUUAAGUGGUAAGCUCUAAACAGCAUUUGACAGUAUAUUAUUUACCUUACAAUUAACUUUCAGAACUCUUAAUUUUUUAUUAUGUUUUUAUAUUUUUGAUUGAUAUAUCUGUAAAUAUUGCAGUUUUAUGAUUAUUGUUCAAACCAUUAAAACAUGGAACUAUGGCAGUUUUUUAAAGCAUUAUUGUACUGAUGUCUUGGAUUGUUUUCCUUUCCUGUGUUCUUAUGAGCUAUACAUUUUAACCACUAAUACCUAAAUUUAUGAUAGUUUUUUAUUUCAGUUGUCAUUCUUUCCUGAAGUACUACCAUUUGUUUCAACAAGAGAAUGCUUUGUUCACAUAAGCAAAUAAUUGUAGUGAUGAAAACCAAGUGUUAAUUCUUCUGUGAAGAGUUAAUGGGCUGUGAAGUCCCUCGUGAGGAGUAGCUCACUGAAUCCUAGCCAUUUGACAUAACACAAAUGCUCUUGUUUUGAUUUGCUUUCUUUGAGCCUUCAGAGUUUAAAUGGCCUUCAGGACUCAUUAACUCCUACUUAGCUGCCCAGAAAACUGUAAUAGAAAUAUCCACUGAACCUCCUUCACCAAGAGGCUUUGGUGCUUAGCAAAGGUGCAUUUUCUUACUCCAGGUUUAUAGUGUGACAUAAUUCAGCUGAAGGAAACACAUUUCUGGUGCUUACUCUUCAGUUGAAGGGAGGUGUGCAUUGAUUCUUUUAUAUAAAAUUAAACAGAAUUAUUAUUUUUGUAGCUCUUUACAUAUUAUAAAGAGCUUUACUGUACAUCUGUGUGUUUAUUUUUCCGAGCAACCCUCUGAACUUGGUGUAACUAAUAUCAUUCCUAUUCUAACAAUAAAGAGCAGAGGUUCAGAAUACUGAGAAACCUGCCUAUAACAUGCAGCAAAAAAACUGGAGCUCAGCACCCCUGAGUCCAAAUCUCACGCUCUUCCGCUGAACCCGAGUGACGCUGAGAUUCACAAGGCCCCAGCUGUGCUUUAAUAAUGAAACUGUUUCAGUAUCGCUUGUUUGCUGUCUACUAUUCAUUCAUGUGUGUGUUUUAAGGAAAACAAUUUGAUAUGCUUCAAUUUUGUAAAAAUAUAUAUAUACACAUAUAGAUAUACUGAUCUGUAUUAGAGAAAAACUACUCUUAUUUAUUUCUGUAAGGUAUCUUUAAUUAAAUAAAUAUUUUAGCGGAAAUUGAAA